AUGUGUGGGGAAAUGGGCAAAGCUGUGCUUAGGGCUCUAACUGGAGCGCUGUUCCUAGGUUUUGUGUCUGACGCGGCAUACUUACAACAGUACGAGCCCUAUCCAUUCCAAUAUGAACAAGCGGUGUACAAAAAGCCUUUGAGAGAGCACGAGAAGCCACAGGACCUACGCAAUGUUCCUGGCACGCCAGGCGUCGACUUCCCUAUAUACCACAGCGUGCCAGAGACGAGUUUCUCAUGCGCUCAUGUGCCAGUUCACCCUGGCAUGUACGCGAAUGUAGAGACUGGAUGCCAAGCAUACCACGUGUGUCACGAUGGUCGUGAGGGUCACCAGGGAGCUUCAUUCCUCUGCACAAACGGAACUCUCUUCGACCAGACCAAGUUCGCUUGUGACUGGUGGUACAACGUCGACUGCUCGAAAGCUAUUGAACACUACAAGUUGAACGCAGAUCCCCUGAAAAACCCCUACGUGCCAAAGCCGAAACCAGAAGAGCUACAAGAGGCGCCGCACGGCAUUUACUAUAGAAAGAUACACGAUUAGGUUACUUUAAUGUCGUCACCAACAAACUAUAGUUUCAGUAUACUCUAAACUCAAACUAAACUUGAUGUGAAGAAAACAAUUUAAAUUAAUUAUGAAGGAAACAACAAAUAUUGUAUUUUAUUAUUGCAUUGUGAAAUUUGUGGUGAAUGUUACCAUUAAUUAUUAUGAAUCAGAUUGAGUUGAUUUUAAGUAAAAGUAAUAAGAUGUUAUGAGAAUUAUUUGAUAAACUAAAGUGUAACAGGUGACGACAGUUUUACAAUAUUUAUUACACACGCUACACGCUCAAUUUCACAAAUUCAUUAAAUCAAAUAUUUGUAAACGCAGGGGUUUAGGAAUUAUUUAAUAAUAUAUUGUAUUUGAAUUAUUUAGUUUCGCGCUAAAUUAAAAAUUUUAAUCGCUUUAGUUUCGUUUUAAAAUUACUUCUUUCUUUUCUUUUUUUUUUGUAAAUUUGAUCUUUCACUGUAAAAAGUUAGGACACAAGUUUAGUCUUUAGAAUUCGAAAUCCCUGUUGUUACAGAAGACAUUCAUUUAUCCAUAAUGUUAUCAUUUUUCAUAUUCAUAUUUAUUUCAUUAAGAUGUAAAUAACCAUGAAAUAUCCAUGAGUUUUUUUUUAAUAUCUCAUGAUUAUUUACUAAUAUUAUCACGUCACAAGUAUCACAGUCAUUACAUUUUUUAUCAUUUUGCAAUUUUAGGAAGUUGACAAAUUAGAAUAAUACUCAUAAUGUUAAUGGACUAAGAAAUUUGAUUUGUAUAUAAGACGCCAUUAAAAUAGUUUAACAUUUUA